AUGGAGGACCAGCCCAUGGAGGACCAGCCCAGUCCAAGCUCCUGUACCCCUGACCGCCUGCCAAUGCCUGUUACUCCCCAGGCCAUAUUCAUCAGAACACUGCUGUGCUGCCUCACUCUUCUCACUGUGACGCUCAAUUUAUUGGUUAUCAUCUCAAUCUCCAACUUCAGGCAGCUCCACACUCCCACCAAUCUCAUCCUCCUCUCUCUGGCUGUGUCUGACUUGUUUGUGAGCCUUGCAGUGAUGCCACUUGCAAUCAUCAGCCUGCAGUCCUGUGGGUUUCUGGGUAAAAUCACAUGUGCUUUUUUGUACCUGUUGGGCUUCAUCCUUACCUCUGCUUCUGUUGGGAACAUGGUGCUCAUAUCAGUGGACCGUUAUGUGGCUAUUUGUGACCCUCUGCGCUAUUCUUCCAUGAUAACACUAAUCAGAGUUCAAAUCUGUGUGUUUCUGUGUUGGUUAUGUGCUGUUAUCUACAACCUUAUAAUUCUUAAAGAUCACUUUUCACAAAUAGAUUUGUCUAACUCCUGUGCUCAAGAAUGUGUAGUUGUUAUAAAUUACAUUUCAGGGCCAGUAGACUUGCUUCUGACCUUUGUUGGCCCUGUUACUGUGAUCAUAGUUCUCUAUAUGAGAGUGUUUGUGGUGGCUGUGUCACAAGCACGUAUCAUGCGGUCUCAAAUUUCAACUACUAAAUCAAAUACUGUGGCUGUUAAGAAAUCUGAGAUGAGGGCUGCUAGAACUCUAGGUAUUACUCUUCUUGUGUUUAUACUUUGUCUCUGUCCAUAUUACAUUCAUUCUCUAGCAGGACAGGACACCACAGGUAGUGUAACUUCAUCAGCUCAGAAUUGGCUGUUCUAUUGUAACUCCAUGUUUAAUCCUCUGAUCUAUGCCUUUUUUUACCCCUGGUUUAGAAAAGCGGUUAAAUUCAUUGUCAGCCUUCAGAUACUGCAGGAAGGUUCCCGUGAGGCCAAGAUCAUGUAG